AUGGCCGAGAGAAGUACACAUCAUCACGGAUCUACGAGUAGGAGGCCCUUGUUCUUUGUCUUCUCCAUCUUAACGAUCGCCUUCGUCUUCUUGUGGUUCUCUUUUUUGGAUUCUACUGGCAGACCACGAUUCAUCGAUCACAGCUCGAUACCCUUCAGCUCGAGCCUUUCCAGAACAAAGAAUCAGGAGUCCGCUUUUGGCGGUGGCAUCCCCAGAAACAGGGAAGGCGGAGAUUCCUCUAAAUGUGAUCCUGGCAGAGCUGUCCUCAAAGUUUUCUUGUACGAUUUGCCAUCGGAGUUUCACUUUGGACUCUUAGGUUGGAGAUCCGAGGGCAACAGCGUAUGGCCUGAUAUCGUCGAGCACGUCCCGGACUACCCCGGGGGCUUGAAUCUCCAGCACAGCAUCGAGUAUUGGCUUACAUUGGAUCUCUUGUCAUCAGCGUCAUCCGAUCGAAGAGGACCGUGCGCCGCUGUGCGGGUCGAGGACUCUCGCGAAGCUGAUGUGGUGUUCGUGCCGUUCUUCUCCUCCCUGAGUUACAAUCGCCAUUCCAAGGUUUCGCCGCCUGAGAAGGUGAGCAAGAACAAGCUGCUGCAAGAUAAGCUGGUUGAAUUCAUGACUGCUCAGAAGGAGUGGAAGAGGUCAGGGGGGCGAGACCAUAUCAUCGUGGCCCAUCAUCCUAACAGCAUGCUGGAUUCUAGAUCGAAACUGUUUCCCUGCAUGUUCAUUCUUGCGGAUUUUGGAAGGUACCCUCCGAGCGUAGCCAACGUGGAUAAGGAUGUUGUCGCUCCUUACAAGCAUGUGGUCAAGACGUUUGCAAAUGAUUCCUCCGGGUUCGAUGAUCGGCCGACUUUGCUCUACUUCCAAGGAGCCAUCUACAGGAAAGAUGUGAGUUCUUGCUGUGAACGGCCGCUGUGGACAUGCCCUGUGCUAAUCUCUGCAAGUUUUGCAUCUUGUAUCAUUUCAGAUGGUUUAGAAAGCAGAACAAGAUUCCAGUUUUCUCAUGAGAUUUACCCCUUGACAAAUAAUAGUGAAAUUCUUAGGGACCCCAUCAGUUAUUAUAAUCUAAAUUUUAAUUAUUGUGCCCCCUUUCUCUUGAAUCUGGCUCGUAUCAGCUGUUCUUCAUGGUAUCAUGCUUUCUCUUUUCCUCUCUUUAUUGUUGAAAAAAUGUAGAAAUUUUUCUUGUGAAAGAUUCUGGAAGCAUGAGAACAGCUGAAGGGUGCAAUACUUUGUCCAAGGGCCCAUAAUUCUCCAGUCAUCUCUAUCUUUUUCUUUUUAAUUUUUCGCGAUCAAGCCUUGCAUCUCCAUCAGGAUAGUGAGGGAUUUUGACUUGAUUGUAACCCUUAGGCUGGCUGGGAUCAUAAGAUUACCCUCCUUGCUUCUGAUUCCUCUCUCAUUGAUCCAAUGGUUGUAUGAUAUCGUAAGUUCAGAAGAAUCACACAUUUGUAAUGAACAGCACGCUGACUUUAUUGAGACAGAAAAACUUCGAUGAAUUGAUAUGAGGAUCGGAUGCUGUUGAUUCUAUACAGGAUGAGAGCUCUUGUCAAACAAUAGAAUUCUGAGAUUUUUUUAACCUGUAUACUUGGGAUUUGUAAGAUCAGAUAUCUUUCAUCUGAAGCCUUUUACUGCUCUGGAGGUCUUUAAAAUAUUUCAUAGCAAUAGCCUUCUCCGUUCAGAACCUGGUCAACGUUGUAGUUCUCUCACUUUAUGCAUGCAGAGAAGAAUGCCCAUGUUUUCCUCGAUUCUCGUCAGUGAUCUAUAUUUUCUGUGCCCGAUUUAUAUUGUCAUAUUUACUCGUGCACCUCUUCUGUUCAGUUCUCUCUCUCUCUCUCUCUCUCUCUCUCUCUCUCUCUCUCUCAUCUGAUAGAAUGAAUGUAGAAGAACAUGGCUUUUUAAUGCAUCGUUUCCCUGUACCAGAAGACAAUGUUGAACCGACUGUUUUAAUGCUCGCAAUCUUAGAUUCGCUCACGGUCAAUGACAAACUAUGGUAUCCACAUCGUCUAUCCAUUACAAGCGCAUAUGUUCUUCACAUUUAAAACAUGAAAAAUUACGGUUCCCCCCCUCUGUAUAAUGGAUGAAUGAUCCGCUUCCCUUUUCAUGGCCUCAUCUGGGUUUUUGUCCACAGGGCGGGUUCAUCCGGCAGGAGCUCUUUUAUCUUCUGAAGGAUGAGAAGGACGUCCAUUUCUCCUUCGGGACGGCGAGUGGAGACGGGAUCCGCCGAGCGGGCGAUGGCAUGCGCUCCUCCAAGUUCUGUCUGAACAUCGCAGGGGACACCCCGUCGUCCAAUCGCCUGUUCGACGCCAUCGCCAGCCACUGCAUCCCUGUCGUCGUCAGCGAUGAAAUCGAGCUGCCGUAUGAGGACGUCCUCGACUACUCCGAGUUCUGCGUCUUCAUCAACACCUCCGAUGCUCUGAAGAAGGGCUUCCUGAUCAAGCUGAUGAGGAACAUCACCCGCGAGGAGUGGACACGGAUGUGGCUGCGGCUGAAGCAGGUGGAAGGCCUCUUCGAGUACCAGUACCCCUCGAUGGAGAAUGACGCAGUCCAGAUGAUCUGGCGGGCAGUGGCCAGGAAGGUCCCCGCCAUCAGGCGCAAGUUGCACCGCUCCAGGAGAUUCUCUCGAUUCGAAGUUGACAGAUAG